AUGUCCGAGUUUCUUCGCGCAACUCACUGGGACGAGCUGAUCCGCAGCAAGCCUCUUGCCGCUGCUCUUGGCCUUUUCUCUCAUUACGUACUGAACAACGGCGAGUGGGACAACUCCAGCCAUCUUGUGCUCUCCAGCUGGGUCCUUACCUUUGCUGGGCUGGUUGCGUUCGAGUAUGCCGCCGACCCGCGAGUCACGUCCAUCCUGGGAGCCCUACAGGUGGCGGGAACUGCGGCGGCCGUGUACCUCGGGACUCUGAUCGCGAGUAUUUUGGUGUAUCGCGCCUUCUUCCACCGCCUACGGAAGUUUCCCGGCCCUUUCGGCGCUCGUCUCUCCAAACUGUACAGUAUUAGCCGGGUCACGCCAAAAUGCCAAUACUACACCGAGAUCGAGGGAAUGCACAAGGAAUACAAGUCAGACAUCGUCCGCACUGGACCUCGCGAGUUGAGCGUCGCCUCCGCAGAUGCCAUUCCUCUCAUCCACGGACCCAUGACGAAGUGUACAAAGAGCGUUUGGUACUCCGGUUCCUACUUCCUUGAAGGCUCCUCCGUACACACGAGCCGCUCGAAGCAAGACCACAGGGAGCGCCGCAAGAUCUGGGAGCGCGCUUUCAACGCCAAAGCCCUGCGCGAGUACGAGCCCCGCCUCAACAGGCACGCCUAUGCACUCAUCGAGCGACUGAAGGAGCAUGCGAACGAGCCGUCUGUACGCAUCUCGAACUGGAUCAACUACUACAGCUUCGACGUCAUGGGAGACAUCGGGUUCAGCCGCAGCUUCGGAAUGGUGGAGAAGGGACAAGAGGACGACCAGAUCAAGAAGCUGCAUCAAAGUAUGGCGCCCAUGAGCUACUUAACGCACAUAACGUGGGUGGAGGCCAUUAUGUUGAGGACAGGGUUCGGCGCGAAAGACAUCCUGGACUUCAUGAACUGGGGAAGCAACGUUUUGCGCGAGAGGAAGAAGAUUACUCCCGCGGAGAACGAUGUCUUCGGUUGGCUGCUCGACCCCAAUGACGAGGACAUCCCCCGUCAUCUCAAUGCCGACGCUCGUCUAUUGGUCAUCGCGGGCAGCGACACUACUGCCGCGACACUAACUUGGCUCGUCUACGAACUCUGCAAGGAUCCCGCCCUUCAAGCAAGAGUGCGCAAAGUAGUCGACGAGAUCAAGCCAGAGAAAGCCUUCCUCUAUGCCGACGAUUUAGCCGACUGCCCCUACCUCGACGGCGUCGUCAAUGAAGCCAUGAGACUACACCCAUCCGUCCCCGGCGGCGUCUCCCGCGAAACCCCCCGCGAAGGCCUCACCCUCCCUGACCAGACCUACAUCCCCGGGGAGACGCUCAUCUGGAUGCCCAUCUACACGAUGCAGCGCGACGCGCGCUACUUCCGCGACCCGCUGAAAUUCAUGCCCGAGCGCUGGACCGACGAAGCCUCCGACUACAUCAUUGACAAGCGCGCCUUUAUGCCCUUCAGCACCGGCGUGUACAACUGCGUGGGCCAGAAGCUGGCCAUGAUGGAGAUGCGGAGCGUGACGGCGAACUUGGUGCGCGCGUUUGAGAUCAGCUUCGUGGAGGGCGAUGAUGGGAGCAGUGUGCCAAGGGACACGAAGGACGUGUUUACCACGAAUGUGGGGAGCUUGGAUGUUAGGCUUACGCCUAGGAGGAGGGAUUAG